GAAGCCACCUCGGUAGCUUGCUAGCCAACGAAGUCGGCACAUUCAAGCUCUUUAGACAAUUUCGUUGUUUAUAUGCCGCUAUGUUUUAAACACACUUCUAUGCGUAAAAAUAAAACACUCAGUUACCCCAUUUAAUUUCAUAUUGACGUUAGUCAGCUAGCUGGCUGGUUAAGUUAGCAAUAGUCUAGUCGCUAAUGCUAGCUAGCUAACAUCUCCGACCAUGAGCUCUCUAAACUACUCUCCUCCUGCUAAAAAAGAGGAGGUCUGCUGGACGGAGAAAGAAACUCUCUUGAAAGAGGAGGAAGAGGAGGCUGUUACCGUCAAAAAAGACGUAGAGAGUGAGGCUGAUACAGUGAAAGAGGAAGAAGCUUACAGAGUGAAAGAAGAGGAGGAGGAUGUUACUGUGAAAGAGGAGGAUGGAGUUUUUGGGGUGGAAGAGGGGGAGAUGACUGUCACAGUGAAAGAAGAAGAAGACUGUUUUGGCGUGACGGAGAUGACUGUCGCAGUGAAAGAAGAGGAAGACUGUUUUGGCGUGACAGAGAUGACUGUCGCAGUGAAAGAAGAGGAAGACGUUUUUGGCGUGAAAGAGAUGACGGUCACAUUGGAAGAAGAGGAAGAGCAGGCUGGAGAUCUGAUGAACACCGGUACAUACAGAGAGGGACCAGACUCUUACUCAGACAGUGGGAAGAGUCCUUCAGGGGAACCAGACCCAGAGACGUCCAAACCAGCAAGACCACACCACUGCUCCCACUGUGGAAAGAGUUUUACUAAGUUACGGAACCUAAAAGAGCAUGAGAGGACACACACAGGAGAAAAUACUUUUCAAUGCUCCCAGUGUGAAAAGAGUUUUAAAGAGUUAGGGAACCUGAAAAUACACAAGAGAACACACUCGGAAGAGAAGCCUUACCACUGCUCCCAAUGUGGAAUGACAUUUAGGUGGUUACAAGGCCUGAAAAGACAUGAGAGAAUACACACAGGAGAAAAGCCCUACCACUGUUCCCAAUGUGAAAAUAGUUUUAGGUGGUUAGAAGGCCUGAAAAGGCAUGAGAGAAUACACACAGGAGAAAAUCCCUUCCAAUGCUCCCACUGUGGAAGGAGUUUUACUCAGUUAGCGAGCCUGAAAUCACAUCAGAGGAUACAUACACAGGAGGAGAAGACAUUCCACUGCUCUAAUUGUGGAAAGACAUUUUCCCGGGCAGAGGACCUGAAAUCACAUGAGAGAAUAGAGAGGCUGUGUUCUGACUUAUGUUUUUGACUGAGAAUUUGUGUUUUUGUUCUUGCCACAUGAAAUCAUAUUGUUUACAUGAAAUCAUACUAAAAAAUAGGCCUGUUUUUUCAUCUCGAGACAUGAUCAUGUCUAAAUUCAGAUUAAUUAUUUGUAGCUAUGUAUUUCAUUUUCUUUGAGCUUUGAUUAAUUUCAUACAAGUAUAGUAUGAGCCAUGUUGUUCAUAAUAUUAUUUUGAUAUUGCUAAUUGUAAAUUAUAUAAGUAAGUACAUAGCCUUGCACAUGGCAUAUCUUGUCCAAAAUGGCUCAUAGUAGCAGGAGCCAAUCUCCUGUUUCUGUUGUGUGAGGCAGCUUGAUAUACAGUACCAGUCAAAAGUUUGGACACACCUAGUCAUUCAAGGGUUUUUCUUUAUUUUCUACAUUGUAGAAUAAUAGUGAAGACAUCAAAACUAUGAAAUAACACAUGGAAUCAUGUAGUAACCAAAAACGUGCUAAACAAAUCAAAAUAUGUUAUAUUUUGGAUUCUUCAAAGUAGCAAUGUUUGCAAACACAGCAAGGGGUUUAAACAUUUACAUAAAGAGGGCUUGCAUUUGCGUCACAAAUUACCUAGCAACCGCACCAGGCGCCAUGUUGGAACACCAGUCAGUCUGUUGGAAGUCCUCCAAUCAUGACUGGCUGCGUUUCGCUAUCACCGGAAAUCUUCGGGAAGACUGCCCAUUAUUUCGUUUUUUUCUAAGGGCCCCAGAGAACGUAGGCAGUGGGAGAACCUAUUCAAGUAAGUAAAUAUAUUUUGGAAAAUGUUAGCUUGCACACAAAUUCCUAUAGCUAACUGAAAUGAGCUGCUAACGUAUUGUUCACUAGUGUUAGGUUCUGACAAACGGAGGGAAAAAAACAAACGGACAACUAGUCAAAAAGCUCAAACCAAGUUUAUGUACCCACUGGGUCAAACAGCUGUUUACACAGGCACAUAGAAUUAUACUCUUCUUCCAGCUGGACCUUUGACCUCCUUGCAUCUCUGGACAGCCAAUUACAUCUCUGUUGCUAGGCAGGAACUUAAGUGGUGACUGUUCCUUCUCACUUCAUCUGACCUCGGCCUACAUUCCUCACCCUAAUCCACAGCUAUACAACCUUAUCAGUGACUGAAAAAAUGACCGUUGCCCUUCUCUCCAUAGGAUACAUGAGAUUUAACAUGACUGAAAUGACUGCAAAAUAGAGGUCGACCGAUUUAUGAUUUUUCAACUACAAUACCGAUUAUUGGAGAACCAAAAAAAGCUGAUACCUA